AUGGACUUCAUUGUGGGGGGCCUAGCGGGUGUUGGUGCUGGGUUUUUUAGCAAUCCUUUUGAUGUCGUUAAAACCCGAAUGCAGUUACAAGGAGAACUGCGGGCGCGCGGUCAACACAAUGUAUACUAUAAAAAUGUUCCACAUGCAGUGUACACUAUUGUUAAACAUGAUGGGGUAGCGGCAUUGCAAAAAGGAUUGGUGCCAGCUCUCUGGUUCCAGUUAGUUGUGAAUGGUGUAAGACUUGGUAUAUAUCAACAUGCAGAUGAGUAUGGCCUCUUGCGAGAUGAAGAGAAAAAUACGAAAUUUAUCAACAGUCUGUUUUUUGGCUCUUUUUCUGGCAUGGUAGGAGCAUUUUUUGGUAGCCCAUUGCAAUUGGUUAAGACACAAAUGAUGUCGUUCUCCUCUGAAAAGAUAGCUGUUGGUACACAACAUGCACACAGAGGUAUGGUAUACGCUAUGGUGAAGAUAUAUAGAAAAAAUGGUUUGAGAGCUUUGUGGCGGGGGGCACAUGGGAUGAUGAUCAGAAAUUCUAUUGGUUCUGCAUCACAGAUAGCUUCUUAUGUUGUAUGUAAAGAGUGGAUGGACAAUAACAAUAUAUUUCAGCAGUCUAAAUAUCUUUCUGCAUUCAUAGCUAGUAACAUUGGGGCUGUCAUGAAGACCAUUGCCCUUACUCCUAUGGAUGUCAUAAUGACUCGUCUUUACAAUCAAGCCACAGAUGCAAAUGGACGUGGACUUCUUUACUCUGGAAUACUGGAUUGUGCUCGAAAAAUUACCAAAACCGAAGGCCUCUUAGCUUUUUACAAAGGAAUUGGCCCUUCGUACCUAAGGCAAGCACCGCAUACGGUGUUGCUUUUAGUUUUCUGGGAUAUGUUGAAAGAUUUACAAAACACAUUGGGGUUGUGA